GUGGGAAACCGUUUUGAGCUGCUCUUUAGCUGUCUACGGCUGUGCCAGAACAAAUCACAACUUCACCACCGGGUUUUCUCAAACUUUAAACUCUCUGUCACUACAUGUUUCCGUGUGAACACGUUGAACAAACAUCGCUUUAAAUAACCAACCGUCGUGUUUAAUUUUAAACGUAACGGUCGUGUCACACUCGAAUAACGGUCAGCGCGAGACACCAACGUCAACGCCGGUUAGUAGCUACACGGGCUGCUAGCUGCUUAAAAUACCGACCUGACUUCGCUUUGUAUGGAAACGGACAGCAUCUCCAACAGGGUUCAUGUUACGUCGAGCCGGAGAUAAUGAGGAAGGUUAUUGUGCUGUCACUGUCACUGCUGCUGCUCAACAUUCAUCAUGUCAUAUCGGCACCCAAAGGCGUCACUGCCAGUCUAAAAGCAAAGUGGAACAUGACGCCUUUCCUCCUGGAGACAAGCGAGUUUAUUGGAGAAGAUGGAAAUGAGAAAUUCUGGCAGUUUGUUGACACUGUUAAGGAGCUCACUGUAUACAAACAGGGAGAAUCCGUGCGCUCGUACUACAACUUGAUCCUUAAGAAGGCUGGUCAGUUCCUCACAGAUCUUCAAGUUAAUCUUCUUAAAUUUGCUCUGUCCCUACGGUCAUACUCACCAGCUGUUCAUGCAUCCCAACAGAUAGCUAGUGAUGAGCCUCCGCCUGAGGCUUGCCCUGCCUUCGUCUCCAUCCACGGUCAACAUAGCUGCAGUACCAAGGAAAUCAAGAAGCUCCUGAAGGCAGCUGCAGGCAGGCCAAAACCAUAUUUAUACAAGAAUGAUCACACAUAUCCAGGGGUCAAUAAAACAGAUGUGCCAGUUGUGAUCCUCUAUGCUGAGAUUGGCACCAAGAAGUUCACGAAUUUUCAUAAGGUGCUGGCAGAGAAGGCUGGAGAGGGCAAACUUGUGUAUGUGCUACGGCAUUAUGUAGCGGAUCCAAAGCCUCAAAAAAUGCUUUUAUCUGGGUAUGGUGUUGAGUUGGCUAUUAAAAGUACAGAAUACAAAGCUGUGGAUGACACCAAAGUAAAAGAUUCAAAGACAGCUAUAAAUGCCGAGGAUGAUGAUAAUGAUGAAGUACAAGGAUUUCUCUUUGGAGCAUUAAAGAAAUCUCAUCCUGAAAUCCAGGAGCAACUCAGUGAGUUUCGUAGACAUCUCCUGGACAGUACCAACGACAUGGUACCUCUCAAAGUAUGGGAAAUGCAAGAUCUUAGUUUCCAGGCUGCUGCCAGAAUCCUGUCCGUGCCAAAGUUUGAUGCUUUGAAGCUCAUGCGAGACCUUAGUCAGAACUUCCCGAGCAAAGCCAGAUCACUGACAAGAGUGGCCGUAAAGCAGGAAAUGAGAAAAGAAAUUGAGGAGAACCAAAAGCAUCUCAGUGAAACCAUUGGUCUUCACCCGGGAGACGGGGAGCUCUUCAUCAACGGACUGCACAUUGAUCUGGACAUUCACAACCCUUUCAGCAUUUUGGACAUUCUCAGAGGAGAGGCCCGAGUCUUGGAGGGGCUUCAUAACCUAGGCAUAAAAGGGGAACAUCAGGGGAAGCUGCUCAGGUUACCUGUGAACGCUGUGGAUGACAGCUAUGCCUUAGAUAUCAGGCAUCCAGCUAUAAUGUGGAUAAAUGACAUUGAGAAUGACCCAGUGUACCGCAGCUGGCCAACAGGUGUACAGGAGCUUCUCAGAGCCACCUUUCCUGGAGUCAUCCGGCAGAUCCGACGCAAUUUCUUCAACUUGGUGCUGUUCUUAGAUCCAGUCAGAGAGGAAACUGUUGAGCUGGUGAAACUAGCAGAGCUUUUCUACAAACACAAGAUUCCCCUGAGAAUUGGAUUUGUGUUUGUUGUCAACACCGAAGAUGAGAUUGAUGGCUCCUCAGAUGCAGGGGUUGGAUUUUACCGACUGCUGAAUUACAUUGCAGACGAGUACGAUUUAUCCCAGGCUCUGAUGUCUAUGCUUUCAUUAUACAACAGAAUAGGUGUUGGGGAGACGCUGUCUGUUGAUACAGUCACUGAUUAUCUGAAGAAAAAAUUCCCCAAAGCCAAUGCUGAACGGAUUCUAAGUGCAGAAUCUGAGUAUGACUACAAAAGGCAGGAUGGUGCCCUCUUCUACAAAAAGAGUGGUCUGGGUGACCUACCUCUGGCUUUAUUUAACGGAGUCCCUCUGAGCUCAGAUGAGAUGGACCCAGACGAGCUGGAAACCAUCAUCCUGCAGCGCAUAAUGGACACCACCACUGCCUUCCAGAGAGCUGUGUUCAUGGGUCAGUUGACUGAGGGCUCAGAUGUGGUGGACUAUCUAAUGGAGCAGGCCAACGUGGUUCCCAGGAUGAACCCUCUUAUUCUAAACACUGAGCGACAGUACCUCGACUUCACUGCCAAGCCAGUCGUGGAUGAGUGGGAGGACACAACUAUGUUUUCAUAUUUGGACUCCAGAGACAAAACAGCCAUCAUGGCUAAGAGAAUGAAGUACUUCACACAUAGUGAUCCGGAUGGCAUGACUGCUGUGACCUUGUGGAUAGUCGGAGAUUUUGAGAAGGUCCCAGGAAGAAAACUUUUGCUCAAUGCUCUGAAACAUGAGAAGGCCAACCCUGGAGUACGUGUGGGGGUGAUAGAUAACCCCAGCGGAAAGCCCAGCGAAGAUAACACUGUGCUGUACAGGGCUAUAUGGGCCUCUCUCCUCACCCAGAAGAAUAAGGUUUCAGUAGAGUUUGUGCAAAAACUCCUGAAAGAGGAGAGCAGCCAGCUCCUCCAACAGGGCGCCAAGAUGAAGGAUUUACUGAUUCAGGGCAUGGAUGAAGAUGCCUUUGAGAAAAAGUUCAACACAAUAGAAGUGGAUUUUAUACGUAGUCAGCAGCUGUUUUGUCGAGACGUCCUGAAGCUGAGUCCUGGGCAGCGGGCAGUGAUCAGCAACGGCAGGAUACUGGGUCCGUUUGAAGAGCAGGAGGAAUUCACCGUGGAGGAUUUCCACUUGCUGGAAAAGAUUACACUCAGCGGUUCUGCAGAGAAAGUCAAAGCCAAAGUUAAACAGAUGGGGAUGAAGCCAAAGCAUGCCAGUGACUUGGUUAUGAAAGUCGACGCCCUCCUAACUGCAGCACCCAAAGGAGAGGUCAGAAGGGGUGUCCGCUUUGUCAAAGACAGCCACAGCGUGCUCCAUCUCUCCCCACGUGAAAACGAGGUGUUCUACGAUGUCGUGGCCAUUGUUGACCCACUCACAAGGGAGGCACAGAAGAUGUCCCCUCUGCUGAUUGUGCUCAGUCAAGUGGUCAAUGUGAGACUGCAGGUGUUUAUGAAUUGCAGGGCCAAGUUGUCCGAGAUGCCCCUCAAGAGCUUUUACCGCUUUGUCUUGGAGUCCGACGUGGCUUUCAUGGCCAACAACACAGUGUCUCCAGGACCAGUUGCUCGCUUCAUGGAGCUCCCGGAGUCUCCCCUUCUCACCCUUAAUAUGAUCACACCGGAGAGUUGGAUGGUGCAGGCUGUCCGCAGCCCCCAUGACUUGGAUAACAUCCACCUGCAAGAGGUGAGCGGGGUUGUGACAGCAGAGUAUGAGCUAGAGCACCUUUUACUGGAGGGCCACUGCUUUGACCUGUCAACCGGCCAGCCUCCCCGCGGCCUGCAGUUUACCCUGGGCAUGAGUCGGGACCCGCUCAUGUAUGACACUAUUGUCAUGGCUAACCUGGGAUAUUUCCAGCUGAAAGCCAAUCCUGGUGCCUGGACCCUAAGAUUACGUAAAGGGAGAUCAGAGGACAUUUAUCAGAUUCUCACGCACGAUGGAACCGACUCCCCUGCAGAUGCUGGCGACGUCAUAGUUGUGCUCAACAGUUUCCACAGUAAGAUCAUCAAAGUCCGAGUGCAGAAAAAGGCAGAUAAGAUCAAUGAAGACCUUUUAAGUGAAAAUAGUGAAAGCAAAGGCAUAUGGGACUCCAUAGCAAGUGUUUGGAGCACUUUUGAGAAAAGCAUCACGGGCGGCGGCUCGAAGAAGGACGACGCGGAAAAGAAGAAAGAGGACGUUCUGAACAUAUUUUCUGUGGCGUCGGGCCAUCUGUACGAGCGCUUUCUGAGAAUAAUGAUGUUAUCCGUCCUCCGGCACACUAAAACGCCUGUCAAGUUCUGGUUCCUCAAGAAUUACCUCUCCCCCUCUUUCAAGGAAACCAUCUCUCACAUGGCAGAGUCGUACGGCUUCCAGUAUGAGCUGGUGCAGUACAAGUGGCCACGUUGGCUCCACCAGCAGACUGAGAAGCAGCGCAUAAUCUGGGGAUACAAGAUUCUCUUCCUGGAUGUUCUGUUCCCUCUGGCUGUGGACAAGAUCAUCUUUGUGGACGCCGACCAGAUCGUUCGUGCUGAUCUGAAGGAGUUGAGGGAUUUAAACCUGGAGGGUGCUCCUUAUGGCUACACGCCGUUCUGUGACAGCCGCAGAGAGAUGGACGGCUAUCGCUUCUGGAAAACUGGCUACUGGGCCUCACAUCUAGGACACAGGAAAUACCACAUCAGCGCUCUGUACGUAGUCGACCUAAAGAAGUUUCGAAAGAUCGCAGCAGGUGACAGAUUACGAGGCCAGUACCAAGCCCUGAGCCAAGACCCCAACAGUCUGUCCAACCUGGACCAGGACCUUCCUAACAACAUGAUCCACCAGGUGGCCAUCAAGUCUCUUCCACAGGAGUGGCUGUGGUGUGAGACGUGGUGUGACGACACCUCGAAAGUCACAGCCAAGACGAUAGACCUGUGCAAUAACCCGAAGACCAAGGAGCCAAAGCUAACGGCGGCGGCGAGGAUCGUGCCUGAGUGGGUCGAAUACGACAACGAGAUAAAGCAGUUACUGAAACAGGUCCAGGGACAGGAGGACACAGCGGCGCAGAAACAGACUCACUCUUCACAACAUAAAAAAGCAGACAACCAGCGUGAUGAACUUUAGUGUCUGCCAGCACCACGCUGAAGAGGAAGGAGGCAGCUCCUGUUGCACGGCGGCCACCUGUGAAGCUUGAAGACAGACAAUUCCAUCUAAACUUAGCCAUGGAGUGUUACAUCCCCAGCCCCGAGAAGUGAUGUGAUAUUUUCAGAGAUGCCAUAUCUGCUUCUGCCGCAGUCAAUACGUCUUACAAAUUUAACACGCCAUGUUAAGUGUUAACUGCAAACUGUGAACUCGCGGUGCGCUAUCAGCACUGCAGUCAGGUAUCGGUGAGGGUGUGUGUGUGUUACUGGAGGGUGAAGUCAAAAGACGAAAGGUGUGAGGUCAGCGAGGACGCUCGAUUCGGUUUAGAUUGCACUGAUGAUGUAUGAAAAGAAUCUAAUCUCAAAGUUGAAGUUUUUUUUAUGUAAAAUUAUUCAAAAAAGCCACUUGGUCAUUUUAAUUUCAGUGCGUUGACUGAAAUGUCCAAAGUUGUAUCUGACUUAAAGCUCGUCAUGUUUUUAAAUUUCACAACUUGCUGCAAAGUUGUUACAUUAUGAUUAUUACAGA